GUGUACAUUCUUGUAGGGAAAACGAUGGCGCUCUUCCAGAUGGUUAAAGGGCCCUGUGCACUAACGUGCAGAGAGGUUUACUGUUGUAGGUAGAAAUUAGUGAUACCCACAAACACUAUUGAUUUCUGGAUUUGAAGAACCUCUCCAACCAUCAUUAUAUCAUUUUACACGAUUAUCUCUAUGAUGUCACCUAUCAGAAACUCUAGGAUCAGGAAGGCAGUCGAGACAUGUAUUAAGUGUGCUUAAGGAGCCACGUAGCUUGCUAGCUAGUUAUCCAAGUGAAUGCGAGGAGGCUAGUUUUCGAAACGCUGACAGAUUAAAUUCAGUCAUACUGCAGCCAAAGAGUGUGACGGUAUUAUUUGUGUGCCUGCAGACAAGGGUCGAGCGAGAAACAGCUGUGGAGCUGGGAGUGCCUGGUCCGUGGUGUGAAUGAGGGAGCCAUGGCAGACCACACCCCCCCACUGGAGUCCGGCCAGCUGCUUGGCCCCGAGCGCCCACUCCUCCAGUCGCCUCCACCCCCGCCCAUGGUCAACGGAGACGGCCCACAGCAGGUAAUCUUGGUGCAGGUAAACCCAGGUGAAGCCUUCACAAUCCAGAGAGAGGAUGGUCACAUCCAGUGUAUCACAGGUCCUGCUCAGGUUCCCAUGAUGUCCCCAAAUGGUUCAGUGCCUCCAAUCUAUGUGCCUCCUGGAUACGUUUCACAGAUCAUCGAGGAGAAUGGCGUACGGCGGGUGCUGGUGCUGCCUCAGCCAGAGUUCCACCACGGGGGUCACUCUCCCCUUCACCACGCGCCGCCCCCGCCGCCGCCCCCUCAUGCCCACAUGCCCGCCUUCCUGUCGCACCCGCCCAUGAUGGCCCCUCCUCCGCACCUCUACUCAGGCAUGGCUGGGGGCGCCAGUGACAUGGGCCCUCAGUACAUCUCUCAGUACCACCCAGCACACAUCUACUCAGAACAGGACCCCCACUCCCUCCAUGGCCGCCCACAGUUCGUGCACCGCGACGAAAGGGCUAGCAAAACCUACGAGCGGCUGCAGAAGAAGCUCAAGGAGCGACAGGGAGGAGAGAGAGGGGGAGAAGGAGGAGGAGGAGGAGGUGGUGGAGGAGGAGGAGGAGGAGGAGGGGGAGGGGGAGGGGGACCCAACAAGGACAGCCCCCCUCCCUCCCCACAGAAGAGCCGCAUGACCCCCCCAGUGUCGGAUGUCCACAAUGGUUUGGGCGGAAAGGGGCUGGAGCAGGAACUGAGCCGCAGCGCCUCCCCCGGAUCCCCCAGACGGCCCUCCGCCACCGGUGGACGGGACAAGGACAUGGAGCCUGGAGAGUUGGAUGAAGAGGCCCUGGCACUGCAAGCAAGGCUAAACAACAUUAGCAAGCCAGUGGUGGUGGAGAUCCAGGCCCGGGAUGUGUCUCUGAGCUGGAGCGUCCCACCCAGGACAGAAGCUGGGGGCGAGGGUGACGCAGCGGCAGAGGGAGACGAGGACGAGGAGGAGGAGGAGGAGGAGGAGGAGGAGGGAGAAGCACAGGGGGAAGAGGGGGCCGAUCAGACACCCCCAGACCCUCCGUUCACUUACGAGGUGUCGGUCUCAUACAGUGGCAAAGAUGGCAGAUACAAGAGUGUAUACAGUGGUAAAGACCUGGGCGCGACCAUAGCAGACCUUAGACCAGCGACAGACUACCACGUCAGGGUCCAGGCCAUGUGUAAGUGUUUACAGGGCUCCCCCUCAGAAGCAGUGAGCUUCACCACACUCAGCUGUGAGCCUGACGCCCCCAGCCCACCCAAGAAGGCCAACGGCACCAAGAACUCCCUCAGCCUGCAGUGGAAGGCGCCUUGUGACAACGGCUCCAAGAUCCAGAACUACAUCCUGCAGUGGGACGAGGGAACGGGCACAGGGAUCUUUGAGCAGUGUUACUACGGCCCGCCGAAGCAGUACAGAGUCACCAAGCUCUCGCCGGCCUCCAGAUAUGCUUUCCGCCUGGCUGCCAAGAACGACAUGGGGGUCAGUGAGUUCAGUGAGGUGGUGGAGCUGAUGACGUCGUGUGGCGUGCCGGCCCCUCCGGCCAACCCUGAGCUGGUGAAGUCUGGGGUCACCAUGGUGUGCCUGCAGUGGCAGCGGCCCCAAGGCUCACCCCGCGAGGACGACAUCGGCUAUGUGCUCGAGAUGGAGGAGAUGGGAUCGGGCUACGGUUUCCAGCCAAGUUACGAUGGUGAUGAGCUCGCCUGCACAGUCAGAAACCUCCACAGGAGCACCACCUACAAGUUCCGCGUGGCAGCCUACAACACAGAGGGGAAGAGUAACCCCAGCCCUGUGACGGAGAUCACCACCUCCCCAGACCGACCGGCCUGUCCUCCCCGACCCACACUCAAGGCCAAGGCUAACCCCACCAGCUUCCGCAUGACCUGGGAUGCCCCCAAAGACAACGGAGGUUCAGACAUCACAAAGUACACAGUGGAGAUCUCUGAAGGUCUAACAGGUUCAACAUGGGAGGAGGUGUAUAAUGGGUCUGCGAUGGAGUGUGUGUGUGAUGGUCUGAAGCCAGGCUGCUCCUAUCAGACCAGAGUGUACUGCAUAAGUGAGGGAGGCCAGAGUACACUGUCGGAGGCCCUGCAGGUACAGACUCCAGCCGUACCCCCUGGUCCAUGCCAGCCCCCCAGAGUGGUGGGUCGCCCCAAAGCACGAGAGCUGCAGCUGCGCUGGAGUCCUCCUCAGGUGGACGGUGGCAGCGUGGUGGUCGGCUACAGCGUGGAGGUGUGCGGGGCGCAGUCAGAGGAGGGCCGGGAGGUGUACCAGGGCUCCGAGCUGGACUGCACAGUCAGCAGCCUGCUGCCUGGACGUGCGUACAGCUUCCGGGUCAGAGCAGCCAACAAAGCAGGGUAUGGUCCCUUCUCGGAGCGAUCAGAGGCCACAACGGGCCCCGGGGCUCCAGAGCAGUGCCGCCCCCCUCACGUCACCUGCAGAUCCCCCUCCUGUGCUGUGGUCAGCUGGGAGGCUCCCCCCAGCAACGGUGCCCCAGUAACGGAGUUCCGUGUGGAGUGGGGUGCAGCUGAGGGGAGUAUGCAGUCGUGCUACUCAGGAGCAGCCCUCGGCCAUGAGGUGAAGGGCCUUCUACCUGCCUCCAACUACUUUUGCAGAGUACAGGCGGUGAACGUGGCAGGAGCGGGCCCCUUCAGCGAGGUGGUGUUGUGCCAGACGCCCUGCUCGGUGCCCGCGGCAGUCAGCGUGGUCCACGCCCUACGGGAGAGCGAGAUGACCGUGGAGCAGCCUGCCCGGCCGCGCCACCGCAGCGAGGAGGACGACGACGAUGAUGAUGAUGAGGAGGAGGAGGAAGACGAGGAGGAGGAGGAGUCGCCUCCACUUCUCUACUCGCCCUCCACCUGCCUGGGCCUGCGCUGGGAGCCGCCCUGCGACCACGGCAGCGAGAUCACCUCCUACCUGAUCGACCUGGGAGAGAGGCAGCCCAUACUCACCGGGCCUGUCACCAAACACAUCCUCCAGAACCUACAGCCUGACACCACCUACAGAGUGAGGAUCCAGGCCUUGAACAGUCUGGGUGCGGGCCCCUUCAGCCACACCUUUAAGCUGAAGACCAAGCCCCUGCCCCCGCCACCCCCCCGCCUGGAGUGCACCGCCUUCAGCCACCAGACCCUCCGGUUCAAGUGGGGCGACGGCCCCGCCAAAGCCACCACCUCCGAUGCCCUGCAGUACCUCCUGCAGAUGGAGGACAGGAACGGGAGAUUUGCACUCUUGUACAAAGGACCAUGCCACACUCAUAAAGUGCAGAGGCUGAAUGAAUCUACCUCUUACACGUUCCGCAUCCAAGCCUUUAAUGAGGCGGGGGAGGGGCCCUUCUCCAAUGUUUACACGUUCACCACGCUCCGCUCGCCCCCCGCCGCCCUCAAAGCUCCUAAAGUGGAGCGCGUGGGCGACCAAUCCUGUGAGAUCAGCUGGGAGGCGCUGCAGCCCAUGAAGGGAGACCCCAUCAGCUACACGCUGCAGAGCAUGCUGGGAAAUUCUGAGUUCAAACAGGUGUAUAAGGGCAGCUCAUCCUCGCACACGAUGUCGGGGCUCCAGGUAACCAGCGAGUACCGCUUCCGCGCCUGCGCCCACCGCCUGUGCCAGGACGCGCCCGAGCUGGCCGGCCCCUACAGCCCCACCGUCUUCCUGCAGCCACAGCGCCCGGCGCCAGACGCGGGCGGAGGCGCUGCGGGGGGCGCCCGGGCAACAGAGGCACGGCGGGCCAAGCGCAGCCUGACGGACGAGCAGCUAACGCUCAUCUUCAUCCUGCUCUUCGGCGUCAGCGGCAUCCUCAUCGCAUUCGUCAUCCAGUACUUUGUCAUUAAGUGAGACUGCCCACAGGAGAUGUGAAGGAUUGUGCAAAAGAGGAAAACAAAAACAGACACACACCUACACAUAUACAUACAUGUAUACAUACAACCCCCCCCCCCCCCAUCCUACAUGAUCUGUAUGGCUUUGUUUUUUCCAUUUUGUUUUUAGUUUUUGUUUUUUUAUUUCUCUUUUAUUUUAUCUUGUUUCCUUAUAUCUGUUGUUUUUUUCCUUGUCUUGUUUGCGUCAUGCGAUUCAGCCGUGCGCAGGAAAGGAAAGGAAGGCUGUGAAGGUUAUUCCUUCCGUCUUACGUCUUCUCUUUAUUUCAUUUCUAUCUCUCAUCCCCCCCUCUUGCUCCCCACUGUUGGCGGAGCUCUCUUGUUUCAGUAGGGUUGUGUUUUUGUAUGUCAGGAUGGGAGGACCGAGCAGCUCAGCUCAGAGGAUGGAUCAUCUCUUGCUUUUCAUCUCAUUCAUUCACCUAACUACGUAUAUUUGUCACGCAUAUUUUCAUAUAUGUGCAGAUGUAGGCAUCUUGUUAUUUAUAUAUAUAUAUAUAUAUAUAUAUAUAUAUAUAUACACACACACACAUAUUUUUUAGCUCCGGUAUGGGAGAAUCUGAUUGGUUUUUCAGGCCUGGCCCUCGGGCCUUGGCCCCCCUUCUUAAGAGAGUGCUUUUGGGGACAGGAAGGCAGAGUGAAGUGUACCGGCAGACUCUCUGGGAAACCGCCUCCGAGGUUCAUGAGAGAAGUGGCCACCAUGGACGACCAAAAAGCUUUGGGGUCGCCCGUGGGACCCCAGAAGGACUUGUGAACCCCCCACCCCCCACCCACCCCACCCCCUCAACACAGUCCACCCCAUCCCCACCCCAUCCCCACCCCCUAAAAUGUUGGGGGAUGAGUUCCCAAAGAGAAGAAGGAACCUUAUAAGAGGUGCAGCAUGGCCCUCUGCGGUGUAGUAGAACGUUCAUUUAGCACUUUCCAAACUUUUCGAUGUCCCGAAUGUGUAAGGAUGCAAAAAUGACUAGAGAAAUGUUUAGUAUAUUUUUGUACAGUGAAGAAACACAGAAAAACCUGUUAAUUCCCAAAGGGGGGAAUAUCUCAUGACAGGGUUUAGUGGGGAUAGGCAUAAACAAACAAACAAACAAACAAACAAACAAACAAAGUGAAGGAAAAAAAAAUGAGAACCAAACUAACACGAGAAGAAAAAAAUGAAGAGUUAUUUUUUAAUAUCAAGUAGUUACUGUAGCUUGUUUUUACAGUCAUACAGCGGCUGCUUAGCUCCAAAACAUUUUCUCAGCACAAGGAAGAGAAAACAAACAAACAAAAAAAGAAUAGAAAAAAUGUACACUUUCUGGAAACUUUCUGUCAUCGGUUUUGCACCUUAGAGAAGGGAUGUUAGAGGAAACACGAUGCGCUCAGAUGGAUCAUGCAAAGCCCUGUUUGUGUCUUGGGUGUUUUAAAAAAUUGCAGUUCUAUUGAAUAUAUUAUAGUCUUUGAAACUGGUAUAUGAAACUGUUAUGAUUUAAAAAUAGAUAAAGAAGAAGAAGAAGAAGAAGAAAAAUCUCUGACUUCAGGAGCUUGCUAAUUAAAUUAAAAUCAACUAGCAUUUUUUGCUUAAGUAUUCAUUUCUUAUUCUUAAGUUUAGUUUAAACUGAUUAAGUUCCUUUUACUUUUUUUAGCAAUAUUAAUUUUGAUGUAUUGUUUAAGAUAAUCAUGAGGGUAUUUCAUUAUAGAGCUUAAUAUUAAUUUUGUGAAAUUCUUUUGAAUCCCUCCCCCCCCCCCCCUGUAUGUCGUCAUAGGGCUGGGUGGGUUUAUGUGAGGCAGGAGGGGAUAGGGCUAUGCAUUUGAAGUUUAUUUUUUAUAUCAGAAAAUAAUUUAAGUUAAUUCUGUCCAGAGGAAGAAAAUUGAAAAAAGGAAAAAAAAAUCUUGUGGUGCAGAAAUGCAAAACAGAAAGACGGCAGUAAAACCAUGUGCUCAUUCGUCAUGUACUUCCUGUGAAAUCUAACACUUGCCUUUUCUCUCUGUGUUUAGGUCUUUGUGAGUGAUUGCAAACACUGAACCCACAAACAGUGUAGCAGUCUGCUAGUAGGGUUUUUGUGAUGUGUUUGGUUAUGGGAUGGCCAUUGCUGUUGCAACAGUUAAAAAAAUAAACAGGUACUUUGCAAGAAGUCUUGGAUGAUUUAAAUAUAUAUAUAUAUAAAAAAAGAAUUACAUGAUUUGGUCUUCUAGAUAUUCUGCAAUGUCUCUUUGUCAAAAAAUCUCAAAUUCCUAUUUUUGAUAGUGAUUUAAAAAAAAAUGUAAUUGCAACAUGUGCCAUUUUAGCCCCUCCCCCCACCAUGGUAGACUCCCUACUAUUGGCUGGCGGGAGAAAGGAAGCUACAAAAAGAAAAAAUAUGCACAAAAAAAUUAGACCAUUUUUAUGUCAUUUUAAUGUUUGCAGUUACCUCAUGCACCGUACAUUCCAAAAUGAGAGAUUUGUUAUACUCUACAUACUACCAGACAUAUCACUUUAAACUGUUCGUUAUGAAAUAAAAGAAAUGUAUAAUCAUAAAUAUGUAUCUAAAGUGUAUCUGUAUAGCCAUGAUAUCUACAGAACAUCCAUGCACAAUAAAAGAUUUAUAAUUCUU